AUGUCACGGCUAAUAUCCUCAGCCCUCUCGUUGCGGCGUGAUCCACGUAUCCUCAAACUCCCGCCCUACCUGUCGUUAGCAUGUAUUCUUGGCGGCAUUGCAUGGCUAUUUCUGUUGCCUCUCAAUGACUACUCCCGCCGAACAUAUAUCUCCGAGAAUGCGCUGCUCCCGGGCCAGGUACACACAUACUUCGGGGGAAGCGACCAGAACGUCCUACGGGCCUACAAGAACGAGGUCAACUUGGUGAAGGACAAGUCCAACUACGAGAUCAAUGACAAACUCGAGGGCAUUCUCAAGAACGUAGGCUUGAAGGUCGGGCGCCAGAACUACACAUACGAAUCGGCUGGCGAUAUCUAUAUGGGCGAGAAUAUAUACGCUAUUCUCCAGGCCCCGCGUGGUGACGCUACUGAAGCAAUCGUGCUGGUUGCUGCAUGGAAGACGAUCGACGAGAAAUUCAAUGUCAACGGCGUGCCGUUGGCUCUGACUCUUGCACGGUACUUCAAGCGGUGGUCUCUCUGGUCCAAGGACAUCAUCCUCGUCAUCCCCCCGGACAGCAGGACGGGAGCUCAGGCCUGGGUUGACGCAUAUCACGACUCGCACGACUCGUCCCGUGUGAGCUCGUUACCUCUCAAAUCCGGUGCGUUGCAGGGCGCUAUCGCAAUAGACUUCUCCCAGGAGCGCCGCUUUGAAUCCAUCCACAUCAUCUACGAUGGCAUCAAUGGCCAACUGCCAAAUCUCGACCUUAUCAACUCUGUUGUCAACAUCGCAGGCGGGCAGAUGGGCAUGGGGACCGCUAUUCAGGAAAUGUGGUCGCACUCGGACAAAUACCAAGACCGGCUACGGACCAUGCUUCGCGGCAUGCUGAACCAGGGGCUCGGCCACGCCUCGGGCCCGCAUAGCAGCUUCAUCCCAUACCAUGUUGAUGCUAUCACCCUGCAACCCUUUGGCGAAGGUUGGCAUGACGAGAUGGGCAUGGGGCGCUUGGUCGAGGGUACGUUCCGCAGCUUGAACAACCUCCUCGAACACCUUCAUCAAAGUUUCUUCUUUUACCUCCUAAUGCACAAGGAGAGAUUCGUCAGUAUUGGCACGUACCUACCUAGUGCCAUGAUCCUGGCCGCCAGUUUUACAAUCACUGCCAUCUCUCUGUGGGUGAAGAGUGGCCACCAGGAAGAGGCGUGUACUGACGGUUCUGGGAAGAAGCCAGGCCCACCACCGCGGUCAGUAUCGGCGGUUGAACGUGAUUUAUUCCUCCCCUUGGGCUUGGUGGCCAUCUGCCAGUUUCUGGGCGUCAUACCCCUGUACAUAUUCAACCAUAUGCCCGCACAUAUGCUUUCAGGGGCAUAUACAGCCUUCGCGCUCGUCAAUUGCGCUCUGCCCUUUCUCAUUUCCUCGUUGCUGACCUCUACUUACAAUCCGACUGUCCAACAAUACCAGCUCAUCAAGUCUUUUUCCUUGCUUUUGCUCGGCAUGUUUCUAUCUGCUCUUGCUACUCUGAACUUCUCCCUGGCCUUCCUCGUUGGCGUCAUGGCUAGUCCGCUCUCCUUCAUGCGACCCUGGCCGCACCACUUGGCCGUUCGAUGGGCCUGUGCCGCGUUCCUCCAGCUCGCGUCUCCGACGGCGGCGCUAUACUCCGUGUCGUCGUAUUUCGACAUUAGCAUCGGAGGGGUCCUCAAGGAGGCUGCGUUCGGCUGGGACGUUUGGGGCAUGUAUACUCCCGUCAUCAUCUGGGGCGUGUGGUGGCCCGCCUGGCUUAUGGGGUCCGUCAUAGUGCUUGGACAGCCUGUGUCCAAGGCGAAGACCAUGCAGCUGGAUUAG